GCGGCGCAAUAUUGUAGCAGGCAUGAGAUCAGCACUCGCUACUGUGAAGCCAUGGGCGUUCAAACUGGACAAUGACUUGGACUGACAAGAAGAAUAUGAUGUCAAAUGGACUAGACUGAAAUGCGCCACCGGCUAAGCAGAGUGUCGAAGAAAUGUCCAAUCGAAUCUUUCCCGGCGUUUUGGAUAUAGACGGAAUCCCCGCUCUGGGAUAACGGUGCCGGGUAUUAGUGAUUUGUAAUAAGGUAGUUUGUUGUGGCCUACCCUGUUGGAAGACUGCUAUUUUUUCCCCGUUAUGUUGUAGGCAUUGUGUGUAUUCAUUAUUUCCAAGGUGCUGAAUUUAUCAUCAAUGUUGCAGGCCUAGUAUAGUGUGUUUAAUGUUGGCUGCCAAUUCACGCCUUUUCUAGUUUAGAUAAUUUUUGUGUAGUUUCAUGUUUUUCAGUGAUAUACUUGACUUGCUUUGCAUCUUAUAGAUCAUUGUGAUUUUUAUAAAGUGCCAAUAACCAUGUUUUUCAGAUAGUGAUUAUGACUAUUGAGGUAGCAAAAAUUCCCUUUAAUCUCUGAUUUUGGAAGCGUUUGUUAAUGUUUUUGAAAUUGAACUCAUCUGACAAUUUAAGUGGACAAUUGUAACAACAUAUGGAACAUAUUUUCAAGUCAGUGUGCCAUUUUGUUCAUGAGAGGCACAGUAUUUGAAUAGCUAAUAGCCUGCAGUUUUGCAAAGUCCUACAUAUCCAGUGGGUCAUGAAUUGCUCAUGUUUCUCACCUGCUGUGGGAGUGUUACUUGCUGAGAAACUGCAAUCAGAUUGACAGUUAUAGGGCGAGGCUGUAAGCCAUUUGUGCCAGCCAGGUUCCAGGACUGGGGUCCGUUGUGUGGCGGGAUGCUGAGGACCACAGUGGGGUGUGUGGGGGUGGAGGAGAGAGAUGAGGAGCAGGAGGAUGAAGGGGAAGAGGACUUGCGGGAUGGAGGGGUGCCCUUCUUUGUGAACAGGGGAGGCCUACCGGUGGAUGAGGAGACUUGGGAGCAGAUGUGGAGGCAUGUGGCCCGGAUUCACCCUAAUGGUGAGGCCAUAGGGAAACGCAUCCGGGGAGCCAGUGAUCUGCCCAAGAUUCCAACACUGAGUGUGCCUACAUACCAGCCGACCACCAGUAUCCCACAGCGCCUAGAAGCCAUACAGAAAUAUAUCAGGGAUUUGCAGUACAAUCACACAGGAACACAGUUUUUUGAAAUCAAGAAGAGCAGGCCUCUUACUGCGUUGAUGGACAUCGCCAAGGAGAUGAUCCGGGAGUCACUACCAAUCAAGUGUCUGGAGGCAGUGAUCCUUGGAAUUUACCUCAGCAACAGCAUGCCAGGUGUGGAGCGCUUCCCCCUCAGCUUUAAGACGCAGUUCUCAGGGAACCACUUUUGCCACAUCGUGCUGGGGAUGCACAGCGGUGGCCGCUUCGGAGCACUGGGCAUCAGCCGGCGGGAGGACCUCAUGUUCAAACCCCUGGAGUUCCGCACGCUGGCUGACCUGGUGCAGGAGUUUGAGGGGGCCUACAGGGGCUACUGGCACACCUUGAGGAAGGUGAAGAUUGGUCAGUAUGUGUCCCAUGACCCCCACAGUGUGGAACAGAUAGACUGGAAACACUCCAUAAUAGACGUGGACAAACUGACCAAGGAGGAGCUGCGGAGAGAGCUGGAGAGACACACCCGGGACAUGAGGCUGAAGAUUGGAAAGGCUGCGCCCCCUUCACCCACCAAAGACAGGAAGAGUUGCAUGGGCUCGCCCCUCCGUAACCCAGGCAGCCCCAUGCGCAGGAACAGCCGCAUCGAGAGACGUCCAUCUGGAGAGAAGAAAGUUCUUGAUCCGAAGCCGCCACCAGACAUGAAUGGAUAUCAGAUUCGAGUGUGAGGAGAAUUUCACUUCAUAAAAUCAUCCUGCAAAACAAGAUCUUAGAAUGGUGGGGUUCUGUCUGACAAAAGGUUUGUUCUGGGGAAUGGGGCUUUUGUGUUCAGUUUUCCAAAUAGGUUUGUACCGUGUAAGCAAUUUAUUUUGGGUAUUUUGCAUUCAACAAACAUGAGGUAUACUGUACAGAGCAUGGCCAUGUCAAUAACUGAUUAUUGACUAAAUGUACAGUACUAGUCAAAAGUUUGGACACCUACUCAUUCUAGGGGUUUUCUUUAUUUUUAUUAUUUUCUACAUUGUAGAAUAAUAGUGAAGACAUCAAAACUAUGAAAUAACACACAUGGAAUAAUGUAGUAACCCAAAAAUAUAUUUUAUAUUCUUUAAAGUAGCCACCCUUUGCCUUGAUGACAGCUUUGCACACUCUAGGCAUUCUCUCAACCAGCUUCAUGAGGAAUGCUCUUCCAACAGUCUUGAAGGAGUUCCAUCAGUUCCACCAAAACCAUCUCAACUGGGUUGAGGUUGGGUGAUUGUGGAGGACAGGUUAUCUGAUGCAGCACUCCAUCACUCUCCUUGGUCAUUGUCUUGUUGAACAACAAAUGAUAGUGCCACUCAGUGGAAACCAGAUGGGAUGGCGUAUCGCUGCAGAAUGCUGUGGUAGCCAUGCUAGUUAAGCAUGCCUUGAAUUCUAAAUAAAUCACUGACAGUGUCUCUAGCAAAGCACCAUCACACCUCCUCCAUGCUUCACGGUGGGAACCACACAUGCGGAGAUCAUCCGUUCACCUACUCUGCAUCUCACAACAACACGGUGGUUGGAACCAAAAAUCUCAGAUUUGGAAUCAUUCGACCAAAGGACAGAUUUCCACCGGUCAAAUGUCCAUUGCUCGUGUUUCUUGGCCCAAGCAAGUCUCUUCUUCUUAUUCAUGUCCUUUAGUAGUGGUUUCUUUGCGACAAUUCGACCAUGAAGGCCUGAUUUACGCAGUCUCCUCUGAACAGUUUAAGUUGACAUGUCUGUUACUUAAACUCUGGGAAGCAAUUAUUUUGGCUGAAAUCUGAGGUGCAGUUAAUUCUAAUGAACUUGUCUUCUGCAGCAGAGGUGACUCUGGUUCUUCCUUUCCUGUGGCGGUCCUCAUGCGAGCCAGUUUCAUCAUAGCGGUUGAUGGUUUUUGACAUUUUCCGUAUUGACUGACCUUCAUGUCUUAAAGUAAUGAUAGACUGUCAUUUCUCUUUGCUUAUUUGAGCUGUUCUUGCCAUAAUAUGGACUUGGUAUUUUACCAAAUAGGGCUAUCUUCUGUAUAUCACCCAUACCUUGUCACAACACAACUGAUUGGCUCAACUCAUUAAGAAGGAAAGGAUUUCCACAACUUAACUUUUAACAAGGCACACCUGUUAAUUGAAAUGCAUUCCAGGUGACUUCCUGAUGAAGCUGGUUGAGAGAAUGCCAAGAGUGUGCAAAGCUGCCAUCAAGGCAAAGGGUGGCUACUUUGAAGAAUCUCAAACAUAUAAUACAUUUUGAUUUGAUAAACACUUUUUUUGGUUACUACAUGAUUCCAUGUGUGUUAUUUCAUAGUUUCAUAGUAUUAUUUAACAAUGUAGAAAAUAGCAAAAAUAAAGAAAUUAGUAGGUGCGCCCAAACUUUUGACUGGCACUGUAUGUUCAAAGCCUAUAAUUCUAAGGUCUCGCAAUGCUCAACUUUGAGGAUAUGGAACACUCGUUUUACACCAGGGGAUAUCAAACCCUUGUGUAGGAUCAAUUCCACAGGCCUACUUAUUAUUAUUAUUAUUUUGUUCUCAGUGGGAUCUCAACUUACGUUUGAGAGGUAGAAUACACAUGGUGCAAUUUCAAGAUGUGGUUGUGCAUCAGCAGUUUUUCUCUUGCGUCAGUCACUGGAAGUCACUAAAUGAACCCAUGUCAGCUAAAUAUUUUUAGAUUGGUCAAUUAGUCUAGCGGGCAGCUAUCUAAACUUCUAGUAAUCCUGAUCGAAUUACCAACUGGGGGCCCCCCAUUGAUUUAGUUAGUCACUCUGACAUAUUAAAAACUGCUAACAUUUCUCUCCACCCGAUGGCAAAAUGUGUAGAAUUGCAGGACAUUAGCUGUAAACUGCACACAAAAAAUCCCCCUGACAAAAUUUGUAGAAUUGUAUGAAAUUAGUUAUAAAAUUAUUUCCAAAAACGUGGCAUGGGCCAUUCAGCAGCUCUGUGUUUCUAGGUUGCUACCAGGCUUUUUUAUAAAGCCGGAAGCUUGGUAGUGACACCGUUCUUUUAUAGUUCAUUCUACAAUAAGAUUGGUUCAGGCAGCAUUUAAGGAAUUCCCAAAGGCUAAACAGGUAUGGCUCAUGUUUUUAAAGAUGGGUUAAUAUGCAAUGUUACAUUUAGCUUAAGCUGUGUAAGGUGUAAAAAUGAGUAAUUAGACAUAUCACAGAAGAGAUCCAUGUUGUCAGUUAUUAAGAAUUGCAAUCUGUCUCCAUGUUGUACUUUUAAGUGUGUAAAUAUUUAUUUUAGCUCUGCUGGAUAGUAACCGCUUUUGUAGUGUAGUUUGCAAUCCACUUACCUUGUGCCUUUUAAUGAACAUGUUAAUAGACAGUGAUAAAGAAAACAAGUGUUACUGGAUGAAUAUCUUCCAUUUCACUAGCAAAACAUACUGUACCAUCUGCUCUAUCCCAAAUAGCCAGCAAACUGAGUGAUCUACACCUUACUCUCGUAUUUGUAUGUUCUGCUAUUGAUUACACAUGAUUGAAUAUGGGGUAAUUCAGCGUGCAGUAGUCUAUAUAAACCUUCCAAAGCAUGAGAAGUGUGGAUUCCUUUUAGGAUAGUAAGAGAAAGUGGUCACUGUGGUCGACACAAGUUUAGAAUUUUGUGGUCACUCAUGAGACAACCUCACAUGCACAAAAUGUUUUUGUCCAAUUGUGAACGAUUACAUUGCAGGUGAUUUUAUUUUUUUUUGCUGUCAUUAUUCUUGAUGAAAUAGGCAUUUUGAAGGCAGCAGUUGCUUUUUUUAUAUUCACAUGGACUGAUAUAUUUAGUUUUUGUUCAGUAUAAAUAACCUUGUUCUUAUUUUAACACACAGCCUUAGUGUGGUUGUCUAGCUACUCUAAAUAUUAAACAGUUGUACUCAAGGUGCAAAGAGAUUUGUUUACAGUAUUCUCAUCUGCAUUUUUAUAUGGCCAUUAGGCCAGAGUUUCUGUAAUUUUAUACUAGCCUCAAUUUUUAUUAUUACCAAGCAUUUGAGAAAUUGAAGUCCGCACCACGUUUCUAAAUAUUGCCACAGAGCAAAUUGGUUGGUUGGGAUUCCUUUAGUCCACUUUAAUUUCAAUACCAUAAACACAGGUUGUUGUCUUGUGCCAAAAGAUUGUAAUUGUCCUUUUAUCAUAUUGUAAGGCUUUCUAUUGAUUUUAAAGUCAACUCCUCUCACUUUCCUCCCAGUGUGUCUGUUGUUGCUAGGAUUUAUCUAACUCAUUGACAUGGGUCAGAUGGCUGAAAGUUUAUUAGCAAGCUUCAGCUAUAUUUAGAGAUCGACAAAAUACAACAGUGGACAAAAUGUAGUUAAAAAUCAAUGACCGAUACGGUAUAAAUAAACUGGGUGCUAAGGACAUGGAGGACAAACUGAUAGCCUACAUGCCAACCAAGAGUCCAAACUGGGCAGUGUAGCCUGGACUAAAGAGAGUGACUAACAUUUCCUUCUUUAAUUGUCUUCAAAGAAAGCUUAAUACAAAUCCCAUACUGAGGAUAUGUGUACUGGGGGACCAUACAGUAAGACAAUGAACAACAUUUGGUUGCAGCUAUACUCAUUUGUAUUUUCUGUAUAUUCUGUUGCCCGCUGAUACACUGUGAGACUUUCGACCGAGCCCAUUUUGGGCUCCAAGACAUGAAAUCAGAGGUUUUGAUAUUUCCUCCUUUCAUUGCAAUGUGGUCUGUUUUUGUUCCUUAGUGCAAAGAUGUGGUGAUGACACUGUGUUAAUACAUGUCAUCUGAAAUAUUGUAACCGUAAAUCACCCGUAUGGCUUUGUGACACUUGAAACUGAAAUAAACAAGGAACUGGUAUUUGACCAGAUUUGUUGAAAACAAAUGGUGUAACAUUUGAGUGAUUAACAUACCUCUUUUCCCAUUCAUCACAUGCUUUUGGAGAGAUCCCAGUGCUAGCAACCAGAUGCCAGUGCUAGCAACCAGCAUGGGUUGUACAAGUCAAUUGUACUGUGCUGGCUGUGUCUACAGUGUACUGACGCCCAAGGAUUCUGCUGCACAAAUCAAUUAAGUCUAAUGGAAGCCUGGCUGAAUGGAUAGUCUACCUGACAGCACUGCAAUCGGCUAACAAGGCUUAACUAACUAAACCCUGCUAACCUGACAUAUUUCAUCAUACGAGUACAGAGGACUGCCAUGGUUGUUGCUCUCCUGAACAAACAGCCUCUGUUACUGUUUCAUGUUCAGACCAGGGAGAUUUUGAUAGCUCUUAUAUACAGUAGCACAAGAGUAGCUGGGGACUGUUCUCUUAUGAAAUGGCUCCUGUUAGUAUAUGCUAUAGCUGAAUGUACAUCAUGUAGGUAUGGUAUGUGAAAUGCAAGUGUUUAAAGGAAUCACAG